AUGACUCGUCUGCCUCGCGGACGACGCUGUGCGGCGGUGGUUGCCCUGCUCGCCUUGUUCGCCGUGGUGCUGAGCCAUGCUGCCAAGAUCACGUACGUGGGCGUCUUCCGGGUGACCGAGGGGGAGACGACAACGGUUUUGCUGAAAGUCGGUGCGCUGCAGGCCGAGUGCAUUGCCGGUAUUCUCACGUACAGUGUUGACGAUGAUCAAGGCAACAGGGUCACGUUCCCAGACGUGCAUGAAUCCAGAAUGGAGUUCACGGCUGCCACCACCGACAUGACCUCCGACGUGCGGACGACGUACGUGGACCUCGCGGUGACGUGCAAUCACACCACGCCCAUCGGUGGGACGUCGCGCGUGUACUUCCGUGUCUCGCCGAGAACGACGACGUCCACCCCUGCUCCGUCCAUGACGUGCAAGAGCCCCGGCGACGCGUUGGUGGAGAGCGGCGUGUCAGUGGUUUUCACCGCGGGAGUCUAUACUUCCAGCUGCCACCAUCCCAUGCUGGAUAUCGUCGAUGUCACAGGCCCGUCUUUAGAUGCCCACUCGCUCUUCUCUGUUCAGAUGGUCAACGAGUUGCAGGCGCUCGUCUUCAACGCGAAUAAAACGGACACCUUGUCUGGAAUGUACACGGCAACGGUCCUUGUUAGCUGCGGCAGCGCCUCGUGUCUGGUAAAACAGGUGGUGAUUGUCGAGCCGCCGACGACCACAACGACCGUUGCACCGCUCAUGCAGUGCCCUGGCAACUACAACUACUCACUGAUUCUGAAUUCAGAUGGCAUCGUAAUCGAGCAAGUCUUCAACCUCUCCGCUCGUGCCGCUGCUACCGGCAUGUUCUGCACUUCGGGCAUAAUCUCGGCGACGCUGACGGAGCCCGCUCAUGGUGCGCUUCGGUGGAACGACACGGGCACCUUUCUCUACACCCCCUCACGAACCGAGGUAGGCGAUGCCAUGGACUCCUUCGACUUCCAGCUGACGUGCUCGAAUGAGGGCACCAAGUGCGCCGGCACGGUGGUCAUCUCCAUCGUCAGCGAGGAAAAGGACGAGAUCUACUACGCUAUGGAAGGCGCCAUCGUGUGUCGCGGCACUUGCGACGCAGCCGCGUGGCGCACCAGCCCGACGGCGCUCGACCUCUUCGACGUGAAUAAGACAGGUGUCGCUGUGACGCCGCGUAAGGACGUCCGCGCCGUGGACGGAAUCGACUUUGACUUCACAGUGGGUGGCGACCUUGUCAUCCAUGCGUACACUACGAUCGGCAACCUCGCUGCCCGCUUUGUGACUUUCCACCCCAUCACGGAGACCAGCGUGCAGGGGCUCUUCAACUCCACCUCCGUCCCGGACGGUUUGCACGUCUCCUUUGAGCCUUCAUGCCUCGAUAAGCAGGCGAUCACCGGUCAGGGUGCCGACAUGUGGAGCUGGACGGACUUGGAUGCGCUGAAAGGCCACCUCAACACAGAGUCCAACGCAUACAAGUCGGGCGACAACUACUACCAGAAGUUUGGGGGUAACCACCGUCACUGCGAUGUGUACCGCGUGGACCCGUGCAAGUACGCGCCUCUCAUGACGCCGACGCUGAGCGACAACAAUAACGUGUACAAUAACGCAACACCGUCUGUGCAGUGGAAGCUGUACAUCAAUGAUUGCGACGCAACAUGGGUGGGCAAGGUGUCGGUGGAGUUGCUGCGCGCGCUGCGCCAGCCAGACGGCUCUCCAACCUUCCGGCUGGAAGGCAACGGCACGUACUUGGUCGGCGCCGUGUACUCGCAGUCGGUGAAGCCGGCGAGCUGGACGUCCCCGUUGGCCAGCAUCGUGCACUCGGAGACGGCCUACGAGGUGCGCCUCAAGAUCCACAAUAUUAUCAUCGUCGACGCUGUCGCGCGUCCUUUGAGCGACGCUACCGCUUCACUGCUGCAGAUGAGCUCCGAUAUUCAGUACUCAGCAGGUAAACGAACAGACACUCAGGAGCGUCUGUAUCGCUAUUCCGUUCUGCUCUACCCGUACUUUGAGGCCAACAAGACGGCUGCUGACAUCACAUCUCUCUCGCUCAAGGUUGUCUCCACGACGCUACUGAACUCGACGUGGACGUCGCCGAGCAAGGUGGAGUGCCCGAUGUGCACCGGGACGAUGACCAGCUGCACGGGUACCGGGAGCGGAUUUGAGACGGACUGCGGCGACAAGGCACUCAUGACGUUUGAGGCACUCGAUUACAACGCCUCCGACUUUGAGGGCUCCAUCGUCAACGACGGCUACUCCGGCAAGUCUGCGAGUACCUCGGUAAGCCCGAAGAACGCGCUGCGAGUGACAUUUGCCGCGCGUGUGAACGGUGUAGGGUCGUCCGAGUCGACAGACGCCUACCCUGUCGGCACCUUUGCGAUAUCUGUGAAGCUGUCGAGCGGGCAAGUGUUCGAUGUCGUCGUGAACCAGACAGACUACAUCAGCGAGCUCAACACGCGCUUCCUCGACACGCAGAUAUGCCGUCCGAGCGCGUACUGGCCGGUGCCGGAUCCGCUGGGAUCAUCGGUUCCAGUAAAGCCGUACAGCGCCGAUACCCUCGCCUUCCCCUCUGGCAGCGACACAACCGAAGAGGAGAGCGAGAGCUACUACGGCGUCCCGGAGCGACUGACAAGUGCGAGCGUGUGCGUCACGCCACCGACCGCGGACAGAACCCACAUUGAUCUGGACAACAUGACAUCCACCAUUGAGAACGAAAAGGGCCAGGUGACGGUGUCCAUGUGCGCCGUGGCGGACGAGCGGACGUUUGGCACGACGGACUGGGUCAUGUUUUCCUUCCCCCGCAUCCACGAGGAGACCAAGAAGAUCAACGAAGACGAGAUUCAGGGCAUCAUCGAUGACGAAAUGCUUAGCAACAACUCUUACACAGUAGCGCAGCUGCAGUACCUGACGCUGUCCGUGCACGCGUCGGAGGUGAUGUCGAGCCUGCUCGCCGGCGACUCGGCGAACGGCUAUGUCAACAUUUUGCUCGACGGCGACAACGCCCCCAAGUCCCAGCGCGGAGAAGAGGAGACCUGGAUGCACCCGGAGAUCAACUCGUCGUCCGGCCAGUCGGACGCAUACCUGCCGUGGGGAAUAUACGCUUCCUCGCUCAACUAUCGCCGCAUUGCCCACCACACCAAUGCCAAUACCAGCGAAACCGAGCCCUUCAACUUUGUCUUCAUUCCCGGCUCCCUGCUGCACUCUGGAAGUAGCAUUCGUGUUCCCAUGAUCAUUCGCGCAGCGAUCAAGUUCGUCACCUACGCUUUCACGGCGGCCAACUCCACGCACUCCUCGCAGCGUGUGAAGAAGAGCGAGCAUGAGGAGACGCUGCUGUACAUUGUCCCUGUGAGCCGCGGCAUCUCUGCCGCCCUGCGCUUCGACACGGACACCUACAACCCUGUCAUCACCCAGUCGGGCAUCGCCCCAAAGUCGGCCACCGCCAUUCUCAUCGUGCUCAUUGUGGCCGUCGUGUGUGUGCUCGCUGCGUUCGUGUACGUGGAGGUGACGUACAAGCGCAUCAUCCACAAUGCUAAGUAUCACCCGAAGCGGCCGGACAGCCCCGUGGGCAUCCGCUACGGCCGUGACGGCAAACCAAAGGAAAAUCAGAAGACAGCCAGAGAGGGCAGUCGCACGGAGGCUGGCGUGCCGUUCUCUGCGUCCAAGGUGCGCACGGCGAGCGGUGCAGCCACAGGCGACGCCACGGCGUCUUCGGUGAAGACAAAGUUCGGUAUCGUGUUUGGAGAGCAGAAGCGUGUACCGGAGUCGGUGACUGGCUCCAGCUCCGCGUCGAGCGAGGCGGGCGGAGCAGCAAAGCCGGGUGACGACUACAUUGCAGAAAAUCCACCCAUCGGCGAGGAGCAGCCGCGCGUCGAGGAUGACGAGGUCGCAGAGUUGUAA